AUGGAUUCAUCUGAUUUAGCGUAUAUAAUACCACCCUAUUUACUAAGCACAUGCUUGGGUUCUAAACUACAGAAAAUAAUUUCUUCCAAGGAUCCACAAUUGAGUCUUUCCAAUGUGAUAUCUACGAAGUCUUUUAGUUACUCUAAGAAGUACAACGAUAAAAAGAUUCCCAAGUACCAAUAUUCAUCGGAUCCAAUUGUAAACCAAUUAAUCAAAGAAAAAUUAGUGUAUAAAUUGUCCAUUAUUGGAGUGUUAGGAUCAAACCCCAUGGAGAACCCGAUUGAUGACGCAUAUCUUUUUGAGUUAUUUGAAAUGUUUAAGCAUAGAUUAUUGCAUGAUGAUAAUGUUGAUAAUAGAAACGAUGAUACAGGAUACGAAUCUACUUCAAAAUCAAGAAAAUCUGUUUUCGAUUCAUCAACAGUUGGUGAAACCAAUUUUUUGUUCUCUUCAAAUAAACGAUUGAGCAAAGAUUAUACCAAUUUCCCCAACAACACUUUGAGGCACUUAUUGUUGACUUCAAAAUUUGAUACUUACCAUCAAUAUAGAGUUCCACCUAGCUUUGUGAAGUUUAGUGACGGUCAAUUCUUUAACUACCCUUUACCGUUAACAUGGUCUCCGCUAGUACCUAACAAUUAUUUGCGUUAUUUGCAAGAUGAUUUGAAUUUGAAGAUAAGCAGUGAUGAUGGAUACUCAACUAUCUCGUUAUCAACUCUCUCCACUAAUGAUCUGUUGUCAAUUGAUAGUGUGAAUGAAUUAAUCCCUAAGAAAAAAUACUACAAUUUUAUUUGUGAUAAGCCGGUUUCUCCUGCAAUUGGAGUAUUUUAUUAUGAGAUGGAAGUGAAUCAAGAAUGUACGGAAUCCACAAACUUCUUACCUAUUUUACAAACCAAUGACUCCUCGAUUUCAUCGAAUAUAGUUAUGAAUAUAUGCAUGGGUUUUACCAGGCAAUGUGUGAACUACGAAUCUACCUCAGGAUCAGCUGGGUCGACAGAAAAGGAUUAUUUGAAUUUAGAUAAUGUAAAGGAUGAUAUUUUAAUCAAUGACGAAAAUUCUCUUCUUAAUUCCCUGCUAAAUGAAGACGUCCGAGAAAUGAUUUGCUGUCAACCCGGAGAAUUUAGAGGAAGUUUUGCAGUUAACUUUGAAGAUCUGUCAUUUUAUAACUCCAUUAAAAUUUCAGAAGCAACUAGUAGACAUGCAGCCUUAAGCAUGAAUAGAAGAUUAUCAUCUUUGAAUAGACAGAAUGCAGAUGAUGAUAAUGGUAAGAUUGAUAUGGGAAUUCCGUUUGAUACUUACAUGACCAACGAAACGCCAGCUAAGAAAUCAUACAAAACCGAUGUGAUAGGUUGUGGAAUCAACUUCAUUAACAAAUCUGUAUUCUUCACAUUGAAUGGGGUUUUGGUGAAGACAAUUUCUAAUGAUGACUUAGCAUCCAAACAAAUGUUAAACGAUCAUGUAAAUUUAUUUGCUGACUAUAACCAAGACGAUAACAGUGCAAUCUGCCCCAUCGUUGGUUUUAAGGUUCAAGAUUUGAAAGAGAAAAAUGCCAAAUUUGAUCCCACAACUUUAAAAAUUAAGACAAAUCUAGGAUUCAAGGAGUUCAAAUUCAAUAUUGAAAAUUACGUUACUGAAUUUCGUAACGAAAAUCAAAAGUUUAUGUACUUAUCCUUACUUGAUAAAAUUCAAAACAUAAAGUCUUCCAACAUUGAAAUAGAUCACAUCGAAAAGUCAUUGUUGAAUAUCGAUGAUGAUUCUAAAUUCGUCAACAAAUUAAUUAAAGGAUAUCUCAAUCAUGAAGGAUAUUUAGAAACAUUUAAUUCUUUCAGCUCGGAUUUAAAUAGUUUAUCUACUGAAGUCAGCGCAAAGCAGAAUUUAGAUGAAGAAGCUGAUUCGAUAGUCUUAAAGAAAUCUCACGCUCUAAACAGACAAAUUAUCAAAAACUACAUUUUAAAGAACCAAUUUGAUCUUGCACUUAAGUUUAUAGUUAUGAAUUAUGCGGAUCUAUUUGCCCUUGAUAAAGGCAAAGAUAUAAUAUUUGAAGUCAAAAAAUUUCAAUUUGUCUAUCUCUUGAAAAAAUACCUUGAGGUGAAAUUAAAUCUAAAUAAUUACGAAUUUGAAUUCGAGUUUAAUAAUAGUGAAAGUGAACAGGAAUUAUUUAAUAAGGCAUAUGAAUAUGGAAAAUUAUUACAAGAGGAAUAUCAAAGUGAUGGCGAGAAAUUAAGAUCAAUUCAAGAAAUAUCAUCGGCGUUUAUUGUUAAUAGUCAAGAAUCUUUGAGGAAUUUACCUAAGGUUGAUAAUUUGCUUUCUAAUUAUACGAAAGGCUUAUCGUAUCUAUCAAAUGAAAUCAACAAUAAGAUAUUAGAUCAUUUAGGAUUGAAUAAAAGCUCAAAUUUGGAACAAAUAUUCAAUCAUGUGGAUGAUAGGAUUAAUAACUUGAGUUUAAAAUAUAACGACGAAAAAUUUAUGCUAGUAAAUCUUGAAAGAGAUCAUAUGGAUAUAUAA